AUGAGGAAUUUGCGAAGUGAGGAAGGGCUGGGGAAAGAUGGGAAAGAUUCCAAAUCUCAAGAAGAAAACUGGGAACAAACUGAGGCCCUACACAGAAUGGAAGAAAAGAGUUCCACAGACAAAGCUGCCUUGGACAACAAGACAUGUAACAAAGCAAGAAGAGCCAGUAUCAGUGCCAGACUGCAUAAAGUAGAAUAUCAAGAGGAAACAGAGAUACAAACUGUAAAACUCCAGGAGCUGCUUGCUGAUGAGAGGAAAGGUGAUGUCUUUAAAAAUGAUUUGAUGGGUGAAGAUAUGGGAGCUAACAUCUUUGAAAUGGGUCUUAAUGUCUCUACUAGCUCCAAGCAGCAGGUAGACGGCUGGGGAAGGCUGUGCCUCCCCGGUGUCUCAGCCGGUGGGUACCGAGGAGGGGAGAUAAGAGAAAAUGCCGCGGCAGCCCACGCCCAGAGCGGGCAGCAAGGGGAUGGUGUGGGGAAGGAUUUGUCCAAGGGGAACGUGGAGAAACAUGGCUCAGGCAAACAGCAGCGGGAGGCGGUGUGGUACGGAAAGAGCAGCGAGGACUGGGAAGUUCUCUGCCUUCAAAACCUGCAGGCUAAUAGAGGCCAGCUGCAAGUCGUUUGUACCGCCGGCUUCCAGGAGAGGGAAAGCAGGGAGGUAUUGAUCCUACAGCCCCGGCAAUCCCUGGGACAUUUUGGUACCCCGGUGGAGGGACCUGGUGAUGUACAGAGCUUGUGGCGCUGGCAGGGCGGCCCGGGGCUGGAUGGGGCUGGAUUGGGUGUGUGGGGGGCUCUGGGCACUGCGGCUGGACGGGGACUGGAUUUGGUGUGGGGUGGGAGGGAGCCCCAGGACGAAAGGGAAGGGGGCAGCCACCAGGACACUGACUGGGAAGGAGUCGAUGUGCCAUUUGUAAGAAAGAACAUUAGAAAUGGAUUGUUAAGGGUGUCAGGAUCUGCUAUUGUACCCAGGCUCACCACACUGGAGCCCUUGCUGGACCAAGAAGUGUUUCCUGGAUUCCCAGGGGACAAGAGUUACAUAACCACCACUGGACCUUCAGAAGGAGACCAGACCCUUCCACAGGAUCACAGAUCCUUCAACAGAACCACAUCUGUCACUCCAGGAGGACUGCAGCCACCAUUCAAUAGGACUGCUGCCACCACUCUGACCCCCAGGGUGCCAGGGGAACUACCUGCCUGCUGUAAUGCUCCUGUUGAGACCAGGGAAUGCCUGCAUCCUGUACACCUUGCUUGGGAACGCAACGUGACCCGGUGUGGCACAACAUCUUCUCAAAGAGGAGGAGAGGAGACAGUCAACAGGCACCACGUCUGCACAGCCUGCCACAGAGGGAAGAGAAACCAAAAGCAGAGAAACAGGCACCACGUCUGCACAGCCUGCCUCAGAGGGAAAAGGAACCCAAAACACAGCAACAGGCACCACGUCUGCACAGCCUGCCACAGAGGGAAAAGAAACCAAAAGCAGGGAAACAGGCACCAUGUCUGCACAGCCUGCCCCAGAGGGAAAAGGAACUCAAAGCAGGGAAACAGGCACCACAUCUGCACAGCCUGCCCCAGAGGGAAGAGAAACCAAAAGCAGGGAAACAGGCACCACUUCUGCACAGCGUGCCCCAGAGGGAGGAGGAACCCAAAGGGCAGUCAGUGCUUCCACACAGAUCAUCACCGAGCCAGGACAGCCCGAGCCAGCAGCAGCUGCCCCUGUUCAGAAGAAGAAAUCCAAGAGCAAAUCCAUGCACACAGUGACUGAUGAGGAGCUGGCUGGACCCUCACACCCAGCAGAAGAGCCAGAGCCAGGGGUCAUCACUCUCUCUGUGUCCCCAGACCUGUGGAGGGAGCUCGCCCCCCAGAGCAGUGAGUCCAUCCUGGCCUGGCUGCUCCACCUCUGGGACACCACAGCCAGUGACACCCCUGUGCACAGGAGUGAGGCCAGGCAGCUGGGAUCCCUGUGCUGGGAUGUGGUCUAUGCCCAGGGCACCAGGAGAACCCAGGAAAGUCUCAGCCUCUGGUGGUGACUGCUGAUGAGUGUGAGGGAUGGAUGCCUUUGUAAAGAA